AUGGAGAUGGGCAGCGAGCGAUGGACCUCCCCGUCCACGCCGACGUCCUCGCGCGACCACCACGCGGCGGCGCCGGCGAAGCGGCCGGCAGGGUGCACCAAGUUCAAGGAGACGCGGCACCCGGUGUACCGCGGCGUGCGGCGCCGGGGCGGCGCCUGCCGGUGGGUGUGCGAGGUGCGCGUCCCCGGCAGGCGCGGGUGCAGGCUCUGGCUCGGGACCUACGUCACCGCCGAGUCCGCCGCGCGCGCGCACGACGCCGCCAUGCUCGCGCUGGGCGGCCGCUCCGCCGCGUGCCUCAACUUCCCGGACUCCGCGUGGCUGCUCGCCGUCCCGUCCGCUCUCGCCGACCUCGCCGACGUCCGCCGUGCAGCGCUCGCCGCCAUCGCGGGCUUCCAGCGCCGGGAGACCGCCAACUGCGCCGCGACCGUUCCCGUGGACGAGGUGUUCGACACCUCCAGUUCGUCCAGCUCUGGCUCGUGGGCGACGCCGCAGCCUUGUGCGGCCGCCGACGGAGUGUUCGACGUGCCGGCGGCAGCACUGGCCAGCGACAUGUUCGACUUCGAGUUGGAUGUGUCGUGGGUGAUGGACAUGGGCUCGCGGGCGACGUCGCAGCCUGGUUGUGCGGACAAAGUGUUGGAGGUGCCGGCGGCCGCACUAGGCGGCGACAUGUUCGACUUGGAGCUGGACAUGGCCGGGGAAAUGGACCUGGGCUACUACUACGCGGAUUUCGCAGAGGGGCUGCUCUUCGAGCCUCCGCCACCGGCCGAUGACACAGAGGCGUGGUGGCAGAACGGGCACUACUACGACGGCAACGGCGGAGGUGACGCCGCGCUAUGGAGUCAGUAG